GAAUAAAUCAGUGCAAAAAAGUGUUAAUCAGUGCAAAAAAAGUGUUGAAACCAUAAAGGAGAUACAUUUUGUAAGAAGUGAUUGCUAAACAACAGAAAAGGUAAAAUAAAAUAAGUUAAAUACCACAAAAACACAAAUUUGAUAAAUAUAUAAUUUCCUUCCUUCCAAGACAAAGAGUCCAAAAUUUGAAAUGGAUAUGUCGAGCGGUUCCAUAGACAAUACGUCCGUUGACAUGAGGCACUUACAAAUUGAUAAUGAUAGCAGAUUACCUACUAGAGAAAUAUACGAUUCUGGAAGUUCUAGCGGAAAUAUAAUAUUAUCUCAGCGUUCUGGUCUUAGUGCCACAAAUUCUACUGGUGCAGAAAAUCCUACGCAAAUUCAAAGAAAUAGUUUAUCUGCAGCAGAAAAAGAACUCAUCGAUGCAUGCCAAAAAACUUCUUACUUAGAUGGCCGUUUUUUUGACGUUGUCGUAGAAGACUCAAACAUAACUGGACACAUAACUGCAAAAUGCGUAAAUUGCGCGACGAUUGUUCAAGGAGAUUUAAAAGUUUCUUCAAAUUUUGUGCGCCAUUUAAAGAGAAAACAUCCUGAAAAGAUUUCGGAAUAUGAUGCUCAUAAAUUAUCGAAACAAAGAAGAAUAAGUGAAUCCGAAAUUAUUCGACGAGUUACAUGCAGGUUUUCACAAGAAAAGUUUGAAAAUAAUGUAACUCAUUUCUUACUGGACAACCAGCUGUCCCUUCGAACAGUUGAGAAUCCGGCGUUUCGCAAAAUGUUUGAUG